UGACGUUGCUCUCCGUCACACGAACCGGGUCGCGCAGGAGGUUAGGGACCCUGUUUGGCACGGUGUUGGCAAGACGUCACUCCUCCCUCACAAAUGAACUAAUUGAAAACAUGGACAAGAAAGCCACCUGGGAUCGAUUCUACACCGAAAACAGCAGCCGGAUGCCCGAAUUUGAGAACUUCGAGUGGUUCUUUGGGUUCAACUCGGUCCAGGAUUUUAUCAUGCCGUUUCUACGCUCCAGGUCCAGUUCAGACACCUUGGUCCGAGUCCUGGAUAUGGGCUGUGGUACCUCCGCCUUUGGACCAUCCAUAUACAGGCACUCUCCCUUCCCUGUCCGGGUAACGUGUGCAGAUAUCUCCCCUGUGGCAGUGCAACUGAUGCAGGAGAGUAUCCGAGCCAAAGCCGCAGCACCUCAAAACCCUUCUUCCCAGCUCGAGGUUUUGGAACUGGAUUGCACCGAGCUCUGUGGGUACUUUGGGUCUAAUAGCGUGGACCUUAUCGUGGACAAGGGUACGACAGAUGCCUUGUUGAGGUCAAGGGAAGGGCAAGGAAAGGCCAGCCAAGUGCUGAAGCAAUGUCUGAGGGUGCUGCGAAGCGAUGGUUCUCUUCUCCAGUUCUCUGAUGAAGACCCCGACGCCAGGCUGCUGUGGCUGGAGAGUGAAGGACGGGAGCCCGGGGUCACGGCAGCAGAUGUGGGCGUACAUGAGAUCGGGGAGAUGCGGGGAAUGCAUUAUUACUGCUACCAAGUCACACCUCGUCCUGUCUUACAUUGAUUACUGUGCUGCCUGCUAACUGUUGUGGCUCCUGGCGAGCUGUCAAUGUGACACGAAUGUAAAGAAAAGAUUUCAUCUGCACUUCACUGCACUCAAUGAAACCAUCCAUCCAUCCAUCCAUCCAUUAUCCAAACCGCUUAUCCUGCUCUCAGGGUCGCGGGGAUGCUGGAGCCUAUCCCAGCAGUCAUUGGGCGGCAGGCGGGGAGGCACCCUGGACAGGCCGCCAGGCCACCACAGGGCUCAAAGAAAGCAGUUUUAACCUUUCAUUAGUGUGAACUGACCAUUUACAGAUCUGUAAUGCUGACUAAACUUCCCAUUAAAAUAGAUUAACAAAGUGAUGAGCACGGUUACAGGUUCGACUAUGUCUCUCAGAUACAUAGUUUAGGUAUUUAUACACAUGUUUUUCAUUCAGCCAUUGAUACAUUGUUCAUUAUUACAGUUUUUCCAUUACCAGUGGAGCGCUUUUCCAAAACCUGAUUUGGAAAGUGUAGCAUAUAUAAAGUUAUUUUUAUUAUCAGUGGAUGUGACAGAUGAGUUUUUAACUUUUAUCCACACGUGUGUUAAAAUUGACGCUAUUCUAGUAUUUUAGGUAUCUCAGGCUGCUUCUCAUUCGGGACCAGUAAGGCCUCUAGUACAACAUGACGUAGCCAGCAGAGUUUAUCUUGCCAUAUAUGGGAACUAAACUGACACGAGACAGGUGACUCCAUGCAAUCUCUUCCAACAUCAUGUAUCAUCAAGUCCACAGACAGCACAACAACAGCAAGCACACAGUAUUAUAUAGACACGCAAUGUCUGCAGAGGUUAUGGCUGCAUUACUGACGUCAGAAUCAACUUUUAUUGGCCAAGUGUGCUUAUGCAUACGAGGAAUGUGACUCCAGUUUACAGCAGCUUCUAGCACCUACAUAUAACACUAAAAAAAAGCAACAAAAAAGAAAAGAAAUGAAUGGAAUAAUACAGAGAAUACUGGAGUAGAGUAUGUAUGCACAAACUAUGUCACAACUAUACAGAGUUUUGUGAUGGCUGAAUAAUUUAUAACUUAUGCUUAUAUAUUAUAUACUUAUAUACUAAAAUAUAAACUAUAUAUUUAUCUAUUCUAUAAUUGUAUACUAUUUUAUUUAUUUAUGUUAUAACAAUAAAAGG